AGCAUGAUGUAACGGUCAUCUACACUUUAGAUUUUUAAAGAGACAGCUUUUAAACCAAUGUGCAGAGCCUGGAGGUACUAAUAAGAAACUACUACACAGCCGGCACAUUAUUUAUCAGAAUGAAGACCAUUUCUGUCUUCUGCUGUCUUCUCUAUGCUGCUGGGAUUCAGGGUGCAGACAUCAAAGUUGAGGGAUUCGAGGGGGGAGAAGUCUCAUUCCAGUGUUCACACAAAUUGGCGUCGACAGCACAAAAGUACUUCUGCAAGGAUCCAUGUAAAAACAGAGAAGAUAGACGGGUAACUGUAGAAGCUGGUGGACGAGCGUCGUCAGAGAGGAUAACUCUGGUGGACUCGGGGGACGGAGUCUUCACUGUGACCUUCAGUCACCUCAAGCUGUCAGACUCGGGGAAAUUCUGGUGUGCAGUGGAAAGGAUUGGUUUCAAUACGUACACUGAAGUACAGGUCACUGUAAAAGAAGCUGUUGCCAAUGAGACAACCACCACCGCACUUGAACUUUCUUCCACAUGGAUAUAUCCAAAUAUUUCGAACUCAACAGAAAUAACAUCUAGAAUGGAUGCCAGUAGGCAUGCAAACCUUUUGACAGCUUCUAACAGCACCAAUGGAGGAAAACAGAAGAGCAGCACGGGCACCGUGGUGUACGCUACAGUCGGGGCUGUUUCCAUGCUCACUGUUGUGAUUCUGGCAAUAAUCGUCGGGAAACGCAGAGUAAACUUAAAACCUCAACCUCAAGUUUGCUCCAAAAGCACAGACCUCGUCAGUGCAGAUGAACGAGAGGCUGACUGCGAGUAUGACGACGUUGGCGUGGACAAGAAGUCGAUGAAAAAAUUACCUGAGCGUAUCUCUUGUUCUCACGACCCAAAGCAGAAUCCACCGGCGGCUGUGUCCACAGCCGUCGAAUCUAGCGUACCCAUCCACAUUUAUGAAAACAUCUGUUGCUCCAAAGACAGUAAACAUUCAAGACACUCAGCUGCAAAUGUCCAAGACGGACAUGACAUCAGCUCUGGGAUCUACAUCAAACCUUUGCCGCAUAUAUCUGAAAGAACUGGCAAGAGCUGUAUUGGAGAAAACACAAAUAAGCCUACAGAAACUAAUGUGACAAGCAAACCUACAGAGAGCUGUACAGGCAAUGCAUCCAACUGUCACAUGAGUUCUUGCAGUGAUUCCACAGAAGUGAGGCCCAGAUCACUUUGGUUUGGUUUGGAUAUUUCAGGAAUAAAGUGAGUUAAGCCACAAAGUAUGAUUGGUGAGACUUUUAUCAACACUGAUACAACUGAACUGUACCUUCUACAAAACGUCUUCAGUUAAACCGACGUUUAAUCAUUUACUUUAACUAUAUAUUUUGUAUCCUUCACAAAGAUAUGCUGAAGGUUGUAUACAGGUUCUGUCUUUGCAUUGAUUUUAUCUGUGUGCCAACAGAGAGACAAUCUUACUUUUAACUGUUAAAAGCAAACAAAGGAAUAUGUUUUCUGUUAUUUUACGUACUUUGAAUAUUUAUUACUUGAUAGUACACGAUUGAGUAGAGCGAGAAAGCACGGAUGGGUGAGGGCGCUGACAGUUCGAUCUCAGAUAGAUUAAUAAAAUGAAAUCUGAUACUACAUUCCUAGAAUUUAUUAAUAAAAAGUUGAAACUACUAUUGUUAAAAGAUUUGAGAGUCUUUAAAGAUUGUAACUGGAACAUGACAGUGUUGUUGUAUGGAUUUAUGUCUACCUGUAUACAAAAAAGAAACGUCUAUGACCGUGUCAACAGUAAGUUAUCUUAGUGGUACUUGUAGCACUGCUAUUCCACAAUGUACAGCCUUACAAAGGCCGAGGGCAAUAAUUACAGAAACAGUGAUAUUGAGAAGAAAGGUGUUUGAAGUUUGAAGGCUCUUAGCCAAACUAAGCAACAUAUAUGAUUGGUAAAACCUUUGUGUCUUUUUAGGAUGAUUAUUAAUCAUCCCUGAUUUCAGAUUAAAAAGGAGGGUUUAAAUACCAACCAAUCUAAAAAGGCAGCAAGAAAACACAGUAUGUACAAACAAAAUAUCUCCUUGUUUCUUCAGCUUUCUUGUUCUUUUGAAUUUACAAGCUACAUGAAUAUUAAUAACUCUUUACUAAAAUACACGGUGAUUUAAAGGCUCAACCAGUUACUGCUACUAUGCAAAUUUAGAUAUAGUUUUUUCUAAAUGAUAUCAGACUGACUGUUAAGCGACAAGAUGAGUGUCUUGCAUGCAGGGGGUGCUGUGGCUGAAUGUCUAACAAGCUGCACAGCUGCAACGAUAACUUUAUUGAAUCCAUCUGUAAGUGCAAUACAGGCAUCUGAGUCCCCAGCCCACCUGUCAGGGAGAGAUAGCAGCCACGAUGUAGCAUGACUUAACGUGGACACAUGCAGCCAUUUUCUCAGUAAAUCUCCACCGCAUCAAUUGGUUUAGCUAUGAGGUAUUCAGCUGUGUGUCUGUCUGGCAUAAUUUUGAUAAUCAAUGUUAUUUGAGCUACUGCAAUGCAAGCCCAGCACCGUGUGUGGCGGUGAGUAUGAAGUUAACAGCAGCUUUAUGAAUGUAGCAGUGCUGAGUCUGUACAGUUCAUUUGAUGGUGAAUAAAUGCUACAACUCUUCAAG